AGCAUUACAUAAAGAGUGCCCCUCCCUCCGAAGAGUAGCACCCCUUCCAGAUAAAUCCGAGGUCCUUGAUAUUAAAGAUAGACGAGACAAGCAAAGAAAAAGCCGCUUCUAUCUCGACUGGACACUUGGGAAGCGAAUUGGACUCUUGUCGCUGCCUGCAUCUAGAUCACACACAAUUAGCAAGCAACAAUGGCUCAAAACACACCAGAGCUCCUAGAUCUCACGAUCGACAACAUCACACCGAACACCGUUCGCAUCAACUCGCAGAGCGACAAUGCACGACUCAAGUACCUCAUGGAACGGCUCGUCACCCAUCUGCACGACUUUGCGCGGGAGACGCGGUUGAGCACUGACGAGUGGAUGGCGGCGCUGAAUUUCCUCGUCGGCUGCGGGCAGAUUAGCAGCGACGUGCGGCAUGAGUUCAUUCUUCUCUCUGAUAUCCUAGGCCUCUCCCUGCUCGUCGACAGCAUCAACCACCCCAAGCCGUCCGACUCCACCGAAGGCUCCGUCCUGGGACCGUUUCACACACACGAUGCGCCAACUUUAGAGAACGGAGCGAAUAUGUCGGGAGAUCCUGAAGGCGAACCGCUGCUGGUUGUGUGCACGAUCAAGGACAGGCAAGGUAACCCCAUCUCCGGAGUCAAGAUUGACAUCUGGGAGACGGACAGCAGUGGCCACUACGACGUGCAGCACGAAGGGAGGACAGAAGCGAGCGAGCGCUGUGUCAUGAUCUCGGAUAAGGAGGGUCGCUUCUUUUUCCAGGGAAUCAAGCCCGUGAGCUAUCCAAUUCCCCACGAUGGGCCGGUUGGAAACUUGCUGUCUCUGCUCGGGCGUCAUUGCUGGCGGCCAGCGCAUCUGCACUUCAUGUUCCAAAAAGAAGGCUGGGACCACUUGAUCACCGCACUCUAUAUCCGGGGAGAUCCGUAUGAGAAAUCGGAUGCGGUGUUUGGUGUUAAAAAGAGUCUUGUUGUCGACCUCGAUAAGGUGGACAAGGCGACGGCGGAGGAGUACAGCGUCAAGGAGGGCGGAUGGUUGCUGAAGCAAGACUUUGUGCUGGUCUCGGAGAAGGAGACGCAGGAGCUGCGGGACCGGAAUGCUAUCGAAGCGUUGGGAAAGCUGGGUCUGACACAUCUCAAGCUUGUCGACCAUUUGCCGGUGCCAGAGCUUGACUGA